UUUUAAUUGCUCAAUUGCUACGCUUAUUGACUUGCAGAACUAUCCUCUAAUAGACCACUGCUAUGACGUAGUUAUAGUAGGAGCAGGAGGCGCAGGACUAAGGGCGGCCUUUGGUCUUGGUAAAAAGGGAUACCGUGUGGCAGUAAUAACAAAACUAUUCCCAACUAGAUCACAUACCGUAGCUGCCCAGGGUGGCAUAAACGCCGCAUUUGCCGAAGAGAAGAAGGACGAUUGGCUGUAUCACAUGUACGAUACAGUGAAAGGAUCUGACUGGUUGGGUGAUCAGGAUGCUAUUCAUCUACUCACGAGGGAAGCACCUCGAGCAGUCUACGAACUUGAAAAUUACGGCUGUCCAUUUAGUCGUACGGAAGACGGUAAGAUCUAUCAGCGUGCUUUCGGUGGCCAGUCGUUGCAAUUUGGCAAGGGCGGACAGGCUAAGCGAACCUGCGCCGUCGCCGAUCGAACCGGCCACGCGUUGCUUCACACCCUCUACGGACAGAGUCUUCGCUACGACGUGCAUUACUUCAUCGAGUAUUUCGCCCUCGAUUUGCUUAUGCACGGCCGAUGCUGCAAAGGGAUUCUAGCCUGGGAAUUGGAGACUGGACUUCUGCAUCGAUUCAGGGCUCAUCACACAGUGGUUGCAACGGGUGGUGCCGAAAGAUGUUACUUCUCCUGCACCGCGGCGCACGCCUGCACCGGCGACGGCAUGGCGAUCGCAUGUCGGGCAGGACUGCCGUUGCAGGACAUGGAAUUCAUUCAGUUUCAUCCGACCGGUAUUUACGGCAGCGGCAUACUCAUAACCGAGGGCAGCCGGGGAGAAGGCGGCAAACUCGUCAAUUCCGCAGGGGAGUUCUUCAUGGAGAAGUACGCGCCCGUGGCUAAGGAUCUAGCUUCCCGCGACGUUGUGUCGAGAGCUAUGACUGUCGAAAUACUCGAAGGAAGGGGCGUCGGGAAGAAGAAGGAUCACAUUUAUCUGCAACUGAAUCAUCUGCCGGCCGAACUGAUACGGGAUAAGCUGCCCGGGAUCUCGCAUCUUGCCUGGGUGUUCGCCGGAGUAGAUGUGACGAAGCAACCGAUCCCGGUGAUUCCCACGGUGCAUUACAACAUGGGCGGCAUACCCACGAAUUGGCGUGCACAGGUAUUAACGCGAGAAAAUGAGGAGGACAGACCGAUCGAAGGCCUUUGGGCAGCCGGCGAGACCGCAUGUGCGUCCGUUCACGGUGCUAAUCGCCUGGGCGCUAAUAGUCUUCUGGAAAUUGUGGUCUUCGGCAAAACCAUCGCCGACCAGAUAGAUUGUAUCGCCAGGCCUGGCGAACGUCACGGGGCGUUAUCGUCAGACAUCGGCGAGCAGUCGAUUUGUCGCUUCGAUGCAACCCGUUAUGCGAAAGGCUGCGUUCCCAUUGCCGAGCUGCGGGACGAGAUGCAACGUACGAUGCAGAGAUACUGCGGGGUAUUCAGAACUUGUGAUAUUCUGCAACGGGCAUGCAGAGAGAUGUCCCGUCUCUAUACCUGCGAUCUGCCAGAUUUAUGCGUGCAAGAUCAGUCCCUCAUUUGGAACACCGAGCUCGUCGAGGCCUUGGAGCUGCAAAACAUGAUGCUGGUUUGCAUGAAUACCGUAUACGCGGCCGAAAAUCGAAAGGAAUCUAGAGGCUCGCACGCCAGGGAAGAUUUCAAGGACAGAGUUGACGAGUAUGACUACACGAAACCGCUCGACGGACAAAAGAAACGACCUUAUCCGGAACACUGGCGUAAACAUACGCUUACGUGGGCUCAGGAGGACGGAACGAUUUUCAUCUCUUAUCGGCCUGUUAUCGACACGACUCUAGACGAAACCGAGGCCCAGCAUGUGCCCCCUGCAGUUCGCGCGUAUUGAUCCAAGAAAUGAGUAAUCGUCGAAUAAUUGAAACGAAAUGGAAACGGUGCGAUUAUGAAACUUAAUCGGCUAUCGCGUCAUCGCUAUUCCCACGCUUGAAGUCAGUUGCGCGAAAUUCGAAAGCUGGGUAAUUAAAAAAAUCAGAAAGAUCGCAUCAAGAAAACUGGUUGUUUUCUUAAAUAUUACGUUCUUUUCGGAUAUGUUGCGUACAAAGUCGCUUCGCACGUCAGUUAUGGACGUUCACUGAUAAAAAAUAAUUAAUGCCAAUUAGUUUGCAACGUGGAAAAGUGGCGUCGCGUUUCUUAAUGAAUUUUAGAAAAACGUUUGCUCGCCGAAGGCUGUGAUAAAGAAUUAAUUAUGUAAUGGUGAUGCAACUUCGUAAUCGACUCCAUUUCUUUUGUUUUUAUAUGAAGGAGACAUCGAUCAUGGUUCAGCGCGUUUUAGCAAUGUCACUAUAUCCGCAAUUUUGUUUUGUAAGAGAUAAAUCAUUAUACCUUCUGAUAACACGACAUCGCGCUGAUAAGUCCUCAAUAAAUUUUUUAUAGGGGAUA